UUUUGACGCGUGGCUCAAGCACCAUGGGCCCGUCUCAGCGAGUAACUUCAUGGCCAACUUCGGUGCUGCAUCUGUGCCCUCUUUUCUGUCUGGUGUCGGUGGUGGAAAAGUGGGUGAUGAUGUAGAGAAUUGCCAACCUUAUUGACUCAGUCACGCCCGGGGCAAACGCCUCAGUGGCCUACUACUCGUCACUGGGUGCUCCUAGGUAAUCUUGGACCAGGAUCUGACGAUGGGCAUGUCCAUUUGGGCGGAACGAUGACUUCAUCAGUAUCACCAAAAAGCUGAACACUUGCAUCCUGAGUGGUUCGUCUAUUUCGCCAUGGAUCUGAAUUCACCAUGCCAUCACCACCAUCACCAGUUUGGCUCGUCCACGACUGAUCUCUCGAGCUGAAUUCGCUACCCCACAAACUCGGUCAGUGGCUAACCAUUGCUUCUGUCCAAUUGCCAUCACCAUGACCCGCGUUUUCACCUGCCCAGUGCACUGUCACACUGUGUGGCUUGAAUAUGCCUUUUGACAAUCAAGGUAUUUUGGCCUCGUGCAAACAAUGAUGACGCAACUCGAGCCCAUGCGAGCUUCACCGUGUUUUUUGUUCAGCAUCUCUUGCCCUGGAACACUGCAACCAUCUUCACAGGCUUUGCCUAAUAUCACUGACUGCUCCAGGGUGAAAAGAAAGUGAUAGAGAUGGACAAACUGAAAUCAGUACUGCAGCCCAGUUCUAACAAGGAAGAUCCUGAAUCUACCACAGCUCCUUCAGGUCCUUCCGGUCGAAUAACUGGACCAGGUUCUCAUUUUCCAAGAGACGAAACCACAUCUGACGAGAACAUCGGCACCGCUGCCAUUGGCGAAACCUCUACCUACAGUUCACACCACCUCCGCAAAGGUGACCCAAUUGGCAACGUCGCCGACACAUCUUCGAACGACCCUACCACUUACACGAUGCCUGAACAUACAUACGGAUCAUCAAACGCCGGCGUGCCUGCAGGUGCCGCAACUACAGCAGCGUCUCUAGCAUUCAACAAAGACCCGACCACCUCGCAUAUUCCAGGAGCUUUCCCCAACGACGAACCAUCUACGUCCGACUCGGCUAGAGCUGCUUCGGCAGCCACCUCUGGAAUCACUGGCGCCCAAUCUGGAAGAGAACCAUACGGCUCUAGGGGCCUUGAAGCUGCGACUGGCGGAGCAGCUGGCACUGGUGGCUCGACUGGUUUGGGUCAAGGUCUGUCUGCUGGCCGUGGUGAUACACUCGCUGGAGCUGCAGGUGAGAGAGAACUAUACAGCUCUAGAGGUGUUGAAGGUAUGACAGGCGGAGCAGCUGGUACUGCAGUUGAGAGAGAGCCAUUCGCCUCUAGGGGUCUCGAAGCUGAAACCGGUAGAGGAGCUGGCACUAGUGGCUCCAGUGGGUUGGGUCAAGGCCUAUCUGCCGCUGCUGCAGGUACAGCCGCUGAAACUGAGGCUCACCGACAGCCAUUCACCUCAAGUGGUCUUGGUACAGCUCAUGAUGCUACCACCUUCGCCGAUUCGGGCCAGAUGCCAUCAGCUUCUCCUGCCGACCGAGCUGGGGACUACAGUACAGCCGAAAGAUCGAGAGCACCGUAUGAUACUGGCCCCAGUCAUGCCUCCACUACCGGCACCUCAACUGCCCAAGAAGAGCCCAACCAUUCUGGGACGUUUGGGAAGAUCUUGGGAGCCGUGGGUCUUGGAGCCGCUGCUGGUGGCGCAACUGGAGCUGCUACUAGGGAAGGUGAAAGUGACAAGCCAGGUCUCCUAUCAGAGACACGGGAUCAGCCAACGACUACCACAGGUGUCAGUUCCUACCAUGCGCCUACUAAAUCGGAACCUACAACAGGAUCUGGACAUUCACCUUCUCACCACCGCAAAGAAAGUAUCCCCACCACCGCAUACCCUGCUGGCCAACAUUCUCCUGCCCCCAUCAGCUCUCCUGUAGGUGGUACAACAGCUGCCGCGGACGAACCUGAACGCAAGGAUCAUACUGGGCGUAAUGUAGGCAUGGCGGGCGCAGGCUUAGGUGCAGGUGCGCUAGGCGCUCAUGAGUAUGAGAAGCGCAAAUCACAACCAGGUGAAACUGGCGAGUACAACAAUGCGCCUGGUGGUCAACAAACAACUUCGGGAGCCCCUUACGCUCCGGCAACAAGCAGCACCGGCACAGCGCGAGACAUCAACCAGAAGCCAGCUGCGAGUACGCCGUACAGUGACCCCUCUCCAGAAAAAGAUUCAAGAGGGUAUGGCAAGACUGCUGCCGCUGCGGGCUUGGGUGCAGGCGCUGCAGGAGCCGGUGCAUAUGCCAUAGAACACGAACGGAACCGACCUGAAACUGGUGAUCUUCGUGCAGACAAGCCCUACACAGGUUCUGAAAGCGCAGCGCAGCCUUCCACCGGUGCUACCCAGAUGCCUUUGCAAGAGAAGACUGCUGCUCACCACGCUGCGGGCACGUCUGCCGAAAGACCUAGAGAUACGACACCAACCACCCAGACGGAUGACCAUCACACUGGGCGUGAUGCUGCUCUGGCCGGUGCGGCAGGUACUGGGGCAGGCGCUUAUGGCGCGCACGAAUAUGACAAGCAUCGUGCUGAACAAGAGCCUACUACAAGUCGUCAUGAGCCUGUGACAUCAACUAAGGACACCAGAACCGCAACCAAGGACACCAAAACCACUGCUCCCGCAGCCACAACAGGGCAUUCAGAAAAAACUGCCAGGAAUGAUCCAACAACUGAGCGAGAGCACGACAAGAGCCAUACUGGCCGCGACGCUGCUCUGGCCGGCGCUGCUGGUGCUGGUGCCGGAGCAUAUGGUAUGCACGAACAUAAUCAGCAUGAGGCCGAGGAAGUCGAGGCCCGACGGCAAAAGGAUCUUGCUGAACAGGAAGAGGCCCGACAGAGACAAUUCGAAAAGGAUCAGAGAGCAGCGGAGAAGCUAGCUCACAAAGAGGAGAAGCAGCACCAGAAGGACAUAGAAAAGGAACAUAAGCUUGCUGUCAAGGAGGAGAAGAAGCAUCAGAAGGAAAUCGAGAAGGAAGAGAAACAUCACCAGAAGGAAAUCGAGAAAGAAGAGAAGCAUCACCAGAAAGAGCUAACUGCUGCCGAGACUGAGCAUCACAAGCAGCUCGAGAAAGAGGAGAAGGCCCGUCGUGAGGCUGAAGAAGCCGAGAAACACCGACGUGAGAAGGAAGGCGCAGCCGCUGCCGCAGCUGGAACAGGAGCUGCUGCAUAUGGUGUGCACGAGCAUGACAAGAACAAGGACAAGCAACAGCUGCCUAGCAAGCAUGAGCAAGAAUCUCUUGCAACAGCUGGUGCUAUUGGGAGAGGUUCGGCCGGCGAAGGCCGUCCUGCUGUCGUAUCCGAUGAGACUGGUCACAACGUCCUGCAUAAGGACCCUCCACAGGAGAAGAAGCCUGGCUUCUUCAAGCGUAUCUUCAAGCGACGCAAGAACAAGGAUACUGGCGAAGACGAAGAUUACAGCACCGACGAGGAGGACCAUACCCAUCAUGGCCGGCAUGCCGCUGAAGCAGGCGCAGUCGGUGCUGGUGCUGGAGUUGCAGGUGCAGAGGCAGCCCACCAUGGCCGCCAUGAAUCAGGCACAGCUACCGGCACAACUACAAGCACAGAUCAUCACCCGAGCAAAUAUGAAGAGCAAACCGGUGGUCUUCAGAAGCCAUCCUACAACCCAUUCUCGAAGGGCGAUCACGGUGUUACGCCUGUUACCGCCACACAUGGCGCCGACACCAAUCUCGGAGCAGGUACUGGUACCAACCAGUACGAAGGCUCUUAUGAGACUAGACCUACCGGAGCAUCAACUGGCAUGCGUGAGCCUACUACACAUGCCGAAGCAGGAACCGGGACUUAUGCGACAAGACCUACCGAAACAGCAGCUGCAACUACGGGUUCGAUUGACCCCGAGAACAUUGGCGGAAUUGGAGGACAUCAAGGCCACCAACACCGCGAAGGAGGUUUUGUCCACCGUAUCGGCGAGCAGUUGAAGCCUCUGCCUGAUGAGAAGGGUGACCAUGCUGCUCACCACAGCUAGAUGUGCCACCAAUCUCAAAUCCUUAUUUCUUUUCCGAACGAACAUCGACAUCGCAGCGUCAUUGCUCUAUCAAGACGACUAAUCCAAGAUGGAAUGGGCAUCAUGCGGUCUCCUCUCUGCUCCUUCGACUGCGACUUUGCAACUCUGUGCGCGCUUAUGAUACCAAGUCUGCAAGACACUCACUGCUCGUUUUGUACACACACGACAGCAUGCUUUAUGGCCUUAUAUUACUUUAUAUCCGCACUAAGGCACCCGCACGUACUCAAGAUGUCCAGUUCAAGUAUUUCAUUUCGCAUCAUUUCACACCAGUUCUACCUUUUUAAUUCAAGAGAUGAAAAUUGGAAUGACCGACGCAGAUAAUAU